AUGUCGGCCACCAUCAUACUUUGCAAUACGCCAAUCUACAUCAUGACCACAGGCAGCCGUCCUCCAAGCGACCCCAUUCCGGCUCGUCGAUUCACUACGUCUGCCGCUCUUCACGCCCACCUUCGCUCUCACAAGCGCUUCGUGCUUUCCUGGACCGUCUUUCGACAACACCUGACGGACCACUGUGCUUUUGACUCAGCUACGGAUGCUGUCGUCUACGCGAAAGAGCCCGCGUUCGAGGCCAAAAUGGUACGUAACGAGGCAGAGCUGAACGAAGCGUUUCGCGAAAUGAGAAACGGAAGGGGUGGAGUUGGAUUCUGGGUCGUGAGAGGAGAUGUGUUCGCGAAUGGAUUCUUGGCCUCUGCGAAGCAGGUCGAGUUUUGGAGCUAG